AUGCCACAGUUAGCCAGGACGGAGUCCGGGAAAAAGUCUGGACUUGCCAGAGAGCUCAUCCUAUUUGUGGUAUUUCUUACCUUAUACCUUUUAACCUUGGCUGGCAAUGUCAUCAUUGUGACAAUUAUCAGUAUUGAUCACCACCUUCACACACCCAUGUACUUUUUUUUUACUAUGCUUUCCACUUCAGAGACCUCGUACACAUUGGUCAGUACUCAGAUGUUCUCCAGCCUUGUAAGCCUGAGCCAACACAUCUCCUUGGCUGGCUGUGCCACCCAGAUGUUCUUUUUUAUCACUUUGGCCAUCAACAAGUGCUUUCUACUCACAGCAAUGGGAUAUGACUGCUAUGUGGCCAUCUGCAACCCCUUGAGGUACACAGUCAUCAUGAACAAGAGGGCGUGUGCCCAGCUGGUAUGGGGGCCCUGCAGCAUUGGGCUACUUGUGGCCACAAUUCAGACUUCCUCUGUGUUCAGGCUGCCCUUUUGUGACAGAGAGACGGCCCAUUAUUUUUGUUACAUCCGCCCAGUUAUGAAACUCUCCUAUGCUGACACCACUAUACGUGACAUAAUUAAUUUCCUUGUCAGCUCACUCAUUAUUGUGGUGCCCAUGGUUUUGGUCUUCAUCUCCUAUGUCCUCAUCAUCUCUACCAUCCUCAAGAUCACCUCUGCUGAGGGCUGGAAGAAGGCUUGUACCAUUUGCACCUCCCACCUCACUGUGGUCAUUCUCCACUACGGCUGUGCCUCCACUCCCUACCCCAAGCCCAAGUCAGAGAUCAUGAGGGAUCAGGACCAGCUGAUUUCAAUGACUUACACCGUUUUUACUCCUCUCCUUAAUCCUGUGGUGUAUACUCUAAGGAACAAAGAGGUCAAGGAUGCCCUUCACCGUGCUGUUGGCAAAAACCUCUUGCCUAGGAUCUUUGGUAGCUUGAUAUAUACCCUAUCAUACUGUGGGUAUUUUUGUAAUCACAAGAAAAAUUGA